AUGGCCGCAUCUACAGACGCGGUUAUGGCAGAUAUCGGCGAUGACAAAGCGCAACUCGGCAGUCUACCGAACGAGCUACUAAACCUCAUUACAGACUUGGUGGUCGCUGGUGGCACGCCAAUGGCGGUGAUGCGACUGGUAAACAAGCGAUUCAAAGCAUGUGCCCAAUCACACCUCGUCGAGUCUCUUCAAGCAAAGGAAUAUCACGAGAAUCCUGUCGCUCUCAGAGACGAAGCAAACCAUCGACAUAAUAAUGCAGUCAAAGAAGUCACGGAACGUACGGUAUCAGCUCAGGACAGAUUCCGGAUGCAACGCAGAACCGCCCUGUUGGAAAGGUUCGCGCACGCUUCAACGCUUUCAGAAGAGUUGGAAAACGACAGGGUAGCUGGAAGUAGGAACUACGCACAAAAUCUCUUUCCCGAGUCCUCUUCAGAGAUGAAUGUGGGUUGGUUGAGAACAAUAGUUCUACCUGAUCUGGAGUCGCGCUGGGAAAAGUUGAAAGAGGAAAAUAAGUCCAUCUUCGGCAAAGUAUGGUACUCUUCCAUCGUACACCCCAGAUUAUAUGGGGCGCAUUAUGAUGCCGUCGCCGAAUACGUCUUAGCGAAAGAGGGGCUGAUAACCACCAUCGCGAAAAGCUUGGCUCCAUUCAAGCAAUUACAUACUUUCGCCUUCGUCGAACCCGAGAUCGAUGCCUGGAGCCGUUACGAAACGCUUUUCAAGGAAGUUGGUGAAGAGCACGGCCGCUUACAGGGAUGUAGGAGCCCAUAUGCCAGGGGCUCAAAGCGAGACGCAAGCUCGGAGGCCAUCGCAUACAGCGGGAUGAUGAUCGGCCUUGACGUUGCACUUCGAGCUCUACAGCGAGCCGAAAUCCACCCAACCAACUUCGCAAUGCCAGUACCUUCUAUUGGAUUCCAAUCCUUCAAGACCUCCGUUUCGAAAUACGUCUUGAGCGAGGUUCUCACACAAACAAACAAGCUAUGUCUCAACCACCUAUCGUUGAGAUUCCUUCGUGUUGGGAGUAGUAACGACGACAGACUCACCUUGACAAAUGUCUAUUCUCGAGAGACCCCCCCACCGGUUGACACCGAGAUACUCUUAACAAAUGAUAGCUUCCCCAGCCUACGAGACCUGACUUUAUAUUUUGGCCAGGUCAGAUCUGUGAACAAUCCGGGUCCAGCCACCCACGGCUGGAAGGCAGCAGAACUUGAGUCCCUAACCAUUCGAUACGACCCACGAUUUGAAGCUUCGGCGGAUGCUCUUCUACGGCACCCAGACUGUUUGAACCACUUCCACCAGAGUCUCAAACACCUGACUAUUGUCAACGCUUUUUGUGGCAACUGGAAUAACUUCUUCCGCGACAUCGCAAAGGCUCAGCUCGAGACGUUGGAUAUCGUGAUUGAGGAUGAUGUUCUCGGGAUGGUUAGGACUAAGGUACCGUCGUAUGACGACGUGGAGAAUGGGUUGGUGUGUGUUCAGGAGCGGUUUAAGAAGGCCGCGGAGAAGGUGGAGGUUAGACCGGAUUGGGUUUUCGAUCUUGUGAAGCGGGUGUGGAAAAAUCAGGAUGAUAUAGUUGAUCGGUUGUUGGAGGACAGCGAUGAGGAGGGUGCGUUUGAUUGGGAAGAGGAUGAUGAUGACGAUGAGGAAGAGGAAGUUGAAGGAUGA